CCGAAUAUGAAGGAUGUACCCCAAAUUAGCUCAAAUUUUGCAUAGGAAUUUCUUGACCAAAACAACUUUGACGGUUUUGGUCAAUAUCUGCAAACACCACAUAUAAAAAUUAAAUUAGGUAAAAAAACCCAUGCAAAAUUUCACUGAAAUCAAUUGAAUAAUAUUGUUUCGAACAGUUAAGCAUCAGAAAACUCUAUAUUUUAGUUAGUUUUUUUGUUUAUUUUACACUCUCUAAAAUAUAUUAAAACUUUAUUAGGAAUCUUGGCCGCAAUAUCAUCUCCAUAUAAACAAAAUUAAACUGGGAUCAUUCGGGAUAAAAACAUUACAAUCUGAAUUGACUCCAACUCUAAAUCUUGAACCGCUGAGGUCAUCCUUAUAAGAAAGAUUGUGAGAUGCAUCGAUCAGGUUCGGCUCAAUUUGCGUCUUUCACACGCAAUCUCGUUGUUUUGGCCAAACCUCGAGGAAUGCCAAGUAAAAUAUUCGCCCAAAAUUGGGUCAACCAGCGUGACCCCUCCGCGGGAAGGCGGCCUUUAUAAGGCGACCCCGCCUCUGCCGAAACCAGUCUCGACGAUGAGGAUCCUGCUUGUUGGACUGUGUUGGACGCUUUUGGGAGGAGGAGCUUUGCGGUUCUGUGAGGCCGCCGGUUGGUUCUUCCCGGACUACCAGCCCAUCGUGGAGUUUGGAGUGUGGAACAAAAACGACUUGAUUUGCUACCAGAAGCGGAUCCUCGCGGGGACGCAGAGUCCGCAGGUGGUGGACUUUCGGAAUCCUCUGGGGACCAGCAUCAACCACGUUCGGAUCGAGUCACCCCAGGACAAGUGGGCUGGAUUUCGAGUUGCGCAAGUUUGGGGAGCACUGGCGACCACGUACAUCCAGCUGGAGAUUUACGCGUCGCAGAUUGUAGGUCCGUUCCUGAAUGACGUCAACAUCGAGAUCAGGUGCUCACCCACCUUGGCGCGGUUGUCGAUCGAGACGGUGCUGCAGAUGCUGCGAAGGCCGAUUGGAGUUUUGGUGAAGAGAAACUCGACCGAACUGUCAAACUCGAUCUUUGGAGACGUGGUGAGGGAUGGUCAGGUGAGGGUUUACCAACCUCCGCGUUUCAAUGACAGUUCAUCGGAGCAAACGCAAGAAUAAAACAGGUGAAAUUAUCUGAGUGUGUUUUUGUUUUUCAGUAACGUUUUAUUAUCACUAGAUCAUGUUGGUUGACCACGCACAGUCUCAAAAUGGCCAAUCCUAAACGGGGUUUCCCUCACUACCAAGACUCGUUCGCUUAAACUUUUUUGGGAUGAGAUUUACAAAUGAUGAUUUCCUAAGCCAAUUGAUAUUUGCCACUGGAGCAGGGCUUUUUUAUCAUAAGUUUCUAGGCGUUGAAUUAUUGCAUAUUGACUUUGUUCCACUGGUGUGAGUGUGUGUGUGUGUGUGCUCAUAUCUUUUCCAGCAAAUUUUAGUGAUUUUUUUUUAUUGGCAAACUGCCACAACUGAUUGCGCGCACGCUUGUAGAAUACUGAAAUUGGUGAUUUCUUGUUCUUCCCUCGAGUGGCCACCAAACUAGCAACACUGGUGUCAUGUGCUAGCAGAGUUGCCAAUCGAGGGUGGCACCCAAAUUAGAGCACUCCGUCUGGCGUGAAUGUGUAGCUUAAACGCUUGUUUGUGUUCUUGGUUAGGAAUAAUUUAUUAGGUUGAAGGUUAUAUAUAAAAAAGCGAAACUCAACGAGGUGAGGUUUAGCUAAGCUACGCACUCGAAAUUUUUGUAAUAAGCAUACACGACGACGACGACGUCGUCGUCGUUCUUUUAGUAAUACCGAUUUUAUUAUUCUCACUUGAAGGCACACUGAAUUGAUCGUGUUUUCCAUUGCCGAGCAUAUUUUUUUUUCUCUGUGAUUUCGGGGUGUUUUCAAUUUAGUGUGUAUGAGCGUCUUGACCCAAGUGUUGCACACUUUGUGAUUGUUUUUUUUCUCUCUUUGUUAGGAUAUACAGUGGAAUGCUGCUCUAAAACCUAAAGAUUGCCGAUUUGAGUUUGGCUAAUAGCUUUCCCGUUUUGUGGUUUUCUUAAAAUGUUAACUAAUCUAACUUAUAAAUUUGAGAAGAACUUUGAUCAAGAAAGUUAAAAGUGGUUUCAAAUAUAGUUGUUUGUUAUCUUGUUGCUACUUUUUGGGUUUUUUAUUUGUCUAACUGAUUCCUUCUAAACAAGGUUCAACUACUGUUUGCACUACUCUCACUCGCGUAAAAUGAUUUGAAAUUGUCAAUGUAAUGAACUGUUAUUUCGAAAGAUUUUUUUCCCGUUUCAUGUAACAUGGCCUUUUGGCCCAUAAGUUAAGGGACCUUAUUGUGUUUUGUGAGCUUCUUUGAUAUUGAUUAAAUAAGAAGAUAAAUUAAAAGAAUGUUGUACAGAUUUUUGUCUUGAAUACGUAAAAAAACUAAAAAAAAAUUAAAAGUAAACAUAAUGUUCGAAUAAAUAAAUUAAAACAAAAAACAAAGCAAAAAUCUACUAAAGUAGCAACAUUAAAAAGUAUUUCACUGCUCUCUGAAAACAUCGGAAAUCAUUUCAAUUUUUUUUAAUUUGGUAACAAUUUUUGUUUUUGUUUAAACAAGCUUUAUUUUGGAUGAUACAAUUUUAAUUAAGUAUUUAAAAUAAUUUGAAUGUUUUAUUUAAGAACAAUCGACCAAUAUUCCAAAAUUAUUAUUAAAUAGAAACAAAAUAGUAAAAUAAAACUCGAAAUCAGCUGAUUUAUAUAUAAAAAAUAUUUUAUUCCUGGCAGCUUUUUUCUGUAUCUUGAGAAGGAACUCUGAUUUUUUUUAUCACUUUUUGGUACAAAUAGUAUAAAGUUGAACAUUUUAGCACUUAAAUGGAUACUGAUAAGUUCUUUUCAAUAAUUUUAUUUUGGACAGUGAAAAAUUUGCCUUUCGUCAUUCGAGAAAGACAAAUAAGUUGUUUUGCAACGGAAAUACAAAAAAAAAUCAUAUUUGCAAUAAAAAAUUACUGAACUUUGUUUUGAUAAAGUAUAUGUAUAACAUUCACUUAAAAAUCGUGUCCAUGUAAGUAUGAACUGCAUAGUUCAUUAUAGCAUUCGUUUGUGCUCUGAAAGUUUCGACUUUCCAGCAUAUGUAUUGAAAAACAAUGUUUUUCGACACUGUUUUGUUUUUGAGUUGAUUAAAAAUGUUUUUUUUAACGAAUUAAACACACGGAUGCCAAAUUGAAGUGGAGAUACACUGAAGUUCCCUGAAGUAUAAUUUUUAAAGGUUUUUUUUCAAAGUUGCAAAAAGUUUUGUAUAUGCAACACCAAACUGUUUUUUUUUCAGCACUCGUAAUAUUUAUCCAACUCGGAAGAAUCGUGCCUAAAAAUCUUGUUGCAUUGAAUACUAGGUUAAAUUUGGAUUAUUGUUUCAUUUUUUUUUCAAAACACUGCUUUUUUUGAAAACAAAAAUAAAAUGAAAAAAAUCACAAUAUUGUUACUGAAGCAAAAUAUCAUAAAAUUCAUAGAAAUAUGUUCAUACUUUACAUCUUUGAAUUCACAAAAAUGCUUCAGAAAAAAAUGAUUUUUAUAGUAUUAUUCAUAAAUACUUUGGACCUUUUGUCCAUUCGAUUUUUUGUCUUUCGAGCUUUUGUCCUUUCCGACUUUUGAAGUUAAAAAAAGUGUUAUUUUGGAAAAUAGAAAAUUUGAAUAGUUUAAUAUUACCCCUUUUUUGAUUUAACUUGUGGAAUAAGUAAAAUUACACGUAGAAAUAUGUAAAUUUACACACAAUAAAAUUGUUCAACAUUCCAGAUCUAUGUAAUAUUAUCAUAUUGUGUUUUUUCAGGUUUUAAAUUUAAACACGAGAUCUUAAAACUGAUGAAAGAUAUAUAUUUCUAAAUCUAAAUCAUUUAAAUUAUGAGGGAGAUUUUUAACGUAGAAUUAUUUAUUUCCCUUAUUCACAGUAAAAUAAUCAUUGUAAUAUGAAGACAUAUUUUGUAACAGAAAAAAGUGUUAUAUUUCUUUAGAAAUGUGGCAAUUUUAUAAAAAAAUGAAUUCUAAACUGUAGCUGUAUUUUUAAAAUAAAUUAAAACAUAAUUACAUAAAAAAGGUAAUAAUUAACCAUCAAAUUUUCAUCCAUCCUAAAUUGCAUUUUAUUUUUUGAUUUGACGUUACAUGGCUGUUUGGCUGAUACUUCAAACAGCUCAAUUUUAUCGUUUCUUUUUCUUCUCUCCGAUGUAUUUCAGAAACCAGAGGUCCAACCUUGAUUGUCUCUUAAGCAAUUUGUUAGUGGAAAUUUUCCCAACCUUUCGAAUUUUUUUUCCAGUACUCAUGAACACUAUUUUAAAAAAUCUAAAAAGCUAGAAUUAAACUUAUUAAACUUUAAGUAUCUCAGUAUUGGAAAAGGUGCAUUGUAUAAAAGAAAUCGUUUAUAGUAGUUUAUGCAACAAAUUGCAAAAAGAGGAUUUUUUCAGCACGAGUCGUACAUUUAUCAAACGAGGUGAACCUCGGUGAACCUCGUUGGAUAAAUACGAAGAGUGCUGAAAAAAUCAAGUUUUGCAACGAGUUCCAUACAACAUUUUAUGCAAUUUCAAAAAACACACACUGAGUGAAAUUUUAUGUCAAAUUUUCAUGUAUUUUGUCAAUAAAUCGUUUAAAUAAAAAAAAAUGUUGAAAAGUGUUACUUUUCGAAACAAGUGCUGAAAAGUUUAACUUUUCAGCACCCAUUUGAGUGCUGAAAAGUAGAACUUUUCAGCAUUUAUUUUGAAUAAUGUUGCUAUUCGAUUCUGUUAUUUUUGGUACAGAAAAGUAGGCUAUUUCGUCGUUCAAGAAUGACAGGAAAAGUAAGUAGUUUCACGACGGAAUUGCAAAAAAUACCUUUCGAUUGUAAAUUUUGUCAAACAAUAUUUUUUUCAAGCAAAAUUUAAAUUUUUCCAAAAUUAAAAAAAAUUGAAUCUGAGAAAAAAAAAUAGAAAAAUUUAAAACCGGAAUAUUUCCGGUUUGUUUUCUUUUUCUGAACAGCCCUCAUCAAUACCUACAACUUUGCCAAAGACACAAAACCGAUCAGAAAAAAAAUUAAGUAAAAAAUUAAAAAUAACGAGUUAGAAUUUAUAUUUUUCCAAAAAACUUUUUUUUUUCAAAAACAUAAUUUAGCGGCAAAAUGUUUGUUCCCACUUAUAUAUGUAUAUUUUAUUAACAUGAGUUUAAAAAAAAGUUAAUCGGCAAUUUUUUGUUCCGUGUAAUAUUUAUUUUCUGAAUAGUCUUCAUUAGUAACUACAAUUUUGCCGAAGACAUCAAUGCGAUCAGAAAAUUCCUUCACAAGAUACAGAUUUUCGGAUAUUUACGUACCUUUUUUGUAUGGACAGCUGCCAAAAUUGUAUGACUGAAC